UACAAAUAUUCUGGGUAGCCAUUUGAUUAGCUGUUCAGGAGUCUUAUGGCUUGGGGGUAGAAGCUGUUUAGAAGCCAUCACCAUGGAAACAGUGUGUUGCGAGCCAAUGGGGGAAGUGGGAGUCCCAGACCAGAGUGGGAAAGUUGUUCGGAGGGAAUAUUUUGGUACCAUCAGCAGUUUUCCUUACUGGCUGCUACCACGGCACAUUUGUGGAAACUUGUCACCUCCUCAGCCUGGUGUCCAUGUCGUGGUGACAGUUCACCAACAUACAGCACCUCUACUUUGUGUCAGAGGUUAACCACAUGUGGACCCUGCAGACGGAGGCUAUUCUGGCUUCAAUUGGUGUCCAGUCCACUGAUUGUAUCCGGAGACGCACGCUGAGAUGCGCGAGGCCACUGUGCCUCCUUCAGCUCUCACACCAUCCUGGACUGCUUCUCACCUGAUCCUCACCCAGGAGACAGUGGAUGGGGCCGAUGUGAAGAACAGCUACUGGUUGGAGACGGAGGGUUUAGAGAGAUGCCUGCAACAUAUUGAGGCCCAUGGAUGCGUAGUCGAAACUCUGACCACCGACAGGCAUGCAAGUGUGAGGGUGUUCUUGAGGGACUCCAAUCCUCAUAUCUGGCAUGAGUACUACCUGUGGCACAAUGCCAAAGGUGUGAGGAAACAGCUGUUGGCCAUCGCGAAGCCAGAGGUACUGCCAUGGGUGAGGGCAAUCACACACCACGUGGGAUACUGUGCCACCACUGCUGGUGGAAGAGUCCGGCUGGCGAAGGAAAAAGGGAUCACUGCAGUUCACCACAUCACAAAUGAGCACCCGCAACAGACCUCUCCGACCUACCCACCCGAAGAGGAAGAAACACGACCCUGGCUGAUCACAGCAUCAACAGCUUUUGAGAAAGUGAACAUGAGUGUUCAUGCCCUGUACACUAAAUAAGUGCCCAAGAGGAACAAGUUCGACCAGCAAGGGGAUGGUUGUAAGACUCCAAGGGGCUGCCUUGGACCACAAUCAUUCAGGGAAAAGACAUCAGGCUACAACAAAGGAGGGAGUGCUCAGAUUCAAUCAAUAAUUCUCCAAGGCUGCAAAGGCAUUCGUGGUAAAAUCCAUCAAGGAGGAAAAGAUGUGAGCUGUUUUUAAAUACCCAUACUAACAUACUGUAUACCACAUACUUAAUGAGUAUAUACUAUAUUUAAUUAACCUUUGUUUAACUAGGAAAAAUGUAACUACAUACUAUAAACAUUUCCUUUAUUUUAGUAUACUAUAAACGAACGGUGUCAUUUCAGUUGAGCGUACUAGCGCUUUGCCUGUCUACCGGAAGUUAAUGCUGUUGCUAUGCAACCUCUUGCUAGCUUGUUAGCAUACCAAAUGACUAGCUAGACAUUUAACAAUUUUGAGUGUGUAAAUACAAUCUGGAGUUGUUUCAUGAUUAACCACUCAUGGUGUGAUUGUGGUAAUGUACAGAAACUCACCCGACCUAGAAUACCGCACAAUCAAAUGCAGACAGUAUUAUCUCCCAAGAAAAUGCUAUUCUUGUCACAUCAGCCUUUGCUUUGGCUCCACCUCCUAUACAGCUCAGGCGUUCGGCAUCGCCGUCCUUCUAGCUGUUGCCGAACCUACUGCUGGCAAACGCCCUUCACUCUUCACUACACACACCUAGUUCCAAUCCCCACUGUAUAUAUAUAUACUCCCUCUGCCAUUUGUAUUUAUCGGUCAUUGCAAAUGUUACUUGUUUUUCUGAGGAAUUUCUCCUAUUUCCUGAGUACUUUAUAUUUUGCACUUUGGGUUCGCCCUGGGCCUUUUUGUUUAUGAAGACAUGUUUUCAUCACAACUGCGUUUGGGUUUUGUCCCGCUUUGAUCUAUGGUGCUUAAAUAAACUUGGUAGUUAUAAACCUGCGACUGCCUACUCCUCUCUACACCAGUGUUAUAGUCACAGCCGUGUAUAUUCCCCCUCAAGCCGAUACCACGGCGGCCCUCAUGGAACUACACUGGACUUUAUGCAAACUGGAAACCACAUAUCCCGAGGCAGCAUUUAUUAUAGCUGGGGAUUUAAAAAAAGCAAAUUUGAGGAAAACACUACCGAAGUUCUACCUACACAUAGACUGUAGUACUCGCGCUGGGAAACCACUCGACCACUGCUAUUCUCUUUUACGGGAUGCCUAUAAGGCCCUACCCCGGCCUCCCUUUGGCAAAUCAGAUCACGACUCUAUUUUGCUCC